AUGAGGGUGAUGAAAAUAUGACCCAUGAUUACAACAUUCAAACCCGAAAAACCCACUUUACACAAAAAAGAUAGAAUCUUGCACACCACUAGUCUACUCAUCCACUGCUAACAUUUUUGUAAUCUUUAAAGAAUAAAGAAAGUAAAAGAAAGAUGCGACUUCAUAAAGUCUACCAUCGUUUCUCUUCUUCUUCUUCUUCUUCUUCUUCAUCCCCCUUCACCAUUCAUCACCAAUUUCAUCGUCUUUCUCUCUCUUUACCUUCUUCUUCUUGUUCUUCUUCGUCUUUUCUCUCUUUAUCUACCUUUAAAUUCCCAGGAAUUCGAAGUUAUCGACAUUUGAGGACUGUUUCUGGGAAGCCUUUCAAUUGUUCAAUGACUAGGCUUCAAAGUCUUGUUCCUGUUGAAGCUGUUUCUGGGGAGAAUAUUGCUGAUACUGCUGCUGGCUCUAAUGGGUCUGCUUCUAAUCCUCAAUAUGAAGAUGAUUUGGGUACAAGUGGUGGAUAUCAACUACCUCCAUCUGAGAUAAGAGACAUCGUUGAUGCUCCUCCCUUGCCGGCACUAUCUAUUUCACCAUACAGGGAUAAAAUACUAUUUCUCAAGCGAAGAUCUUUACCACCUUUGAUAGACCUUGCUAAACCAGAAGAAAAGCUUGCUGGUAUUCGCAUUGAUGGAAAAAGCAACACACGGAGUCGAAUGUCGUUUUACACAGGUAUUGGGAUCCAUCAAUUGACAAGUGAUGGUACCCUUGGGCCAGGAAUCGAGGUACAUGGCUUACCUGAUGGUGCUAGGAUCAAUUUUGUUAGCUGGUCAAAUGAUGGGCGACAUUUAGCGUUUACUGUCCGAGUUGACGAGGAUAAUGGUGGCAACGGCAAGCUUCAGGUAUGGGUUGCUGAUGUGGAAACUGGACAAGCUAAACCCCUUUUUCACUCAGCAGAAAUAUAUGUUAAUGCUGUGUUUGACAAUUUUGUUUGGGUGGAUGACUCUACUCUACUGGUUUGCACCAUUCCAUCAUCUCGUGGUGAUCCACCUAAGAAGCCACUGCUUCCACCUGGCCCUAAGAUUCAAUCAAAUGAGCAAAAGAACACUAUACAACUCAGAACCUUCCAAGAUCUACUGAAAGAUGAAUAUGAUGAAGAUUUGUUUGAUUAUUAUGCAACAUCACAACUUGUAUUGGCAUCUUUGGAUGGAACAAUGACGCCUUUUGGUCCACCAGCUGUUUACACGUCGCUGGACCCGUCAACGGAUGAUAAAUACAUAAUGAUAAGUUCAACCCACAGACCAUACUCUUAUGUAGUACCUUGUGGAAGAUUUCCUAAAAAGGUUGAGUUAUGGACGGCUGAUGGGAAGUUUGUGAGACAACUCUGUGAUUUACCCUUGGCAGAGAAUAUUCCAAUUGCCCAUAAUAGUGUGCGGAAUGGGAUGCGUUCUAUCAAUUGGAGAGCUGACAAACCCUCAACUCUUUACUGGGUGGAAACUCAAGAUGGAGGUGAUGCAAAGGUGGAAGCUUCUCCUCGUGAUAUCAUCUAUACACAACCUGCUGAAGCAAGUGAAGGCGAAGAACCCACUGUACUACACAAACUUGAUCUUCGAUAUGGGGGGAUAUCUUGGUGUGAUGAUUCUCUAGCUCUAGUGUAUGAAUCUUGGUAUAAAACGCGGCAAUUAAGAACCUGGGUCAUAUCUCCUGAGAGUAAAGACGUUACUCCACGCAUAUUAUUUGAUAGGUCUUUUGAAGAUGUAUAUUCUGAUCCUGGUUCGCCCAUGUCACGAAGGACUUCAUACGGAACAUAUGUCAUUGCAAAGAUUCAUAAAGAAGAAGAUGAUGCAACUUACUUUUUGAUGAACGGUAAUGGUGCUACCCCUGAAGGAAACAUACCUUUCCUCGACUUGAUGGACAUUAAUUCGGGCAAGAAAGAAAGAAUAUGGCAGAGUGACAAAGAGAAAUACUACGAGUCAGUCGUUGCCUUAAUGUCUGAUAAUAUUGAAGGGGAUAUGUUUGUCAACCAAUUGAAAGUACUCACUUCAAAGGAAUCGAAAACCGAGAACACCCAGUAUUACAUUCAAAGUUUGAAAGAUAAGAAGCCAUUCCAAAUUACCAACUUCCCUCAUCCGUACCCUCAGCUAGCUUCAUUACAGAAAGAAAUGAUCAGGUACCAACGUAGUGACGGGGUGCAACUUACUGCAACUUUAUACUUGCCACCUGGGUAUGACUCCGUGAAAGAUGGACCACUACCGUGUCUUGUAUGGUCUUAUCCCGGAGAAUUCAAGACCAAAGAGGCCGCUGGGCAAGUACGUGGUUCUCCCAAUGAAUUCGCUAGCAUAGGCUCUACCUCGCCCCUUCUCUGGUUAGCCCGAAGGUUUGCUAUUUUAUCGGGGCCUACAAUUCCUAUUAUUGGUGAGGGUGACAAAGAAGCAAAUGAUAGGUAUGUAGAGCAACUUGUUGCUAGUGCUGAGGCUGCAGUACAAGAGGUCAUUCGACGAGGGGUGGCUCAUCCAAACAAGAUAGCUGUUGGAGGUCACUCUUAUGGAGCAUUCAUGACGGCAAACCUCCUGGCACAUGCUUCUCAUCUUUUCUGUUGCGGAAUUUCUCGAUCUGGAGCUUAUAACCGAACUCUUACACCAUUUGGAUUUCAGAACGAGGAUAGAACACUUUGGGAGGCGACAAAUACGUACAUAGAAAUGAGCCCUUUUAUGUCUGCCAAUAAGAUCAAGAGGCCUAUUUUGCUUGUUCAUGGAGAAGAAGACAACAAUUCAGGAACAUUGACAAUGCAGUCGGAUCGGUUCUAUAAUGCUUUGAAGGGUCAUGGGGCUCUUUGCCGGUUAGUAGUUCUUCCAUAUGAGAGCCAUGGCUAUUCAUCAAGAGAAAGCAUCAUGCAUCUUCUUUGGGAAACAGACAGGUGGCUGCAAAAGUAUUGUGUUUCAAACACAUCUGAAUUAAAUGCUAAAGAAGAUAGCACAGAAACUGCUGAUAGCAAAGUGAUUGCCGCCACUGGUGGUGGUGGUGGUGGUGGAGUUGCUGAGGCGGCGGAGGAACCAGAGAAUGGAGGCUACUCUCUUCCAAGGUCAUUGUUAUAGACUUCAAUGAGUUCUUUUUAAAUUGUCUUGCUAAUUAAAAAGUACUUGUAUUAUUUAACAAAGAAUCAAGAAACAAAUAGAAAUGCUCAGCCACCUACUACCAUAAUUCCCUCCGUCUCUGAAUGUUUGACCCGUUUGCUAUUUUACGAGGUUAUUAAGGAGACGAGAACAUUACAAAGAUUUACAAUCAUUGUUGUAUUUUUAUGAGAAUUGUUGUUUUCUUA